AUGGCCCCUUCUGCUCUCGAACAUGAGGACGUUGCGCGUGACGCCGCCUUCAACAAGGCCCUCCAUGGCAAGUCUGCCAAGGCCCAGGGUGGUUUUGCUGCCAUGCGCGGCAAGGAUGCUGCUGCGCAAAAGGCUGCUGUCGACGAGUACUUCAAGCACUGGGACAACAAGGAUGCCGUCGACGAGACCCCCGAGAUUCGUGAGGCUCGCAAGGCUGAAUACGCUACCCUGACCCGACACUACUACAACUUGGCCACCGACUUCUACGAGUAUGGCUGGGGUUCUUCCUUCCACUUCUGCCGUUUCGCCUACGGUGAGCCCUUCCACCAGGCUAUCGCCCGCCACGAGCACUACCUUGCCCUCCAGGCCGGUAUCACUGAGAACAUGAAGGUUCUGGAUGUCGGCUGUGGUGUUGGUGGUCCCGCUCGCGAAAUGGUCAAGUUCACCGGUGCCCACGUUACCGGUCUGAACAACAACGACUACCAGAUUGACCGCGCCACUCACUACGCCGAGAAGCAGGGUCUUUCCGACAAGAUGGCCUUUGUCAAGGGUGACUUCAUGCAGAUGAAGUUCCCUGACAACAGCUUCGACGCUGUCUACGCCAUUGAGGCUACUGUUCACGCCCCUGAGCUCGUUGGUGUCUACAGCGAGAUUUUCCGUGUUCUGAAGCCCGGUGGUACUUUCGCCGUCUACGAGUGGCUCAUGACUGAUGACUACAACAACGAUGACGCCGAGCACCGUCGCAUUCGUCUCGGUAUUGAGCAGGGUGAUGGUAUCUCCAACAUGGUCAAGAUCUCCGAGGGUAUCGAGGCCAUGAAGAACGCUGGCUUCAACCUCACUCACCACGAGGAUCUGGCUGCUCGCCCCGACCCUAUUCCCUGGUACUACCCGCUGGCGGGCUCCUUCAAGCACAUGGGCUCGGUCUGGGACUUCUUUACCAUUGCCCGCAUGACCUGGUGGGGCCGUGGUAUCGCCCACCGCUUUGUCGGUACCGGCGAGAAGUUCGGUCUCUUCCCCCGCGGUUCUCAGAAGACCGCCGACAGUCUGGCUGUUGCCGCUGACUGUUUGGUCGAGGGUGCUCAGAAGAACCUCUUCACCCCCAUGUACCUCAUGGUUGGCAAGAAGCCUGAGUAA